AUUCUAUUCAUUUAUACUCUUCUUCUUCUUCUUCUCUCCCAAAACACUUGUGAGAUCUAGAGCAAACUAGUUAGCGUACUGCAGAUCACUAUAAAUAUAGACCAAUACAGAGAUUCACUUGCAAGCAAAGGCAAAUAUUAGAAGAGCUAAUCCUUUCCCCGAGUUUAUCCAUCUUUGAUUUAUCUGUACAACCUUUUCUCUUCUCCCUCUUUCGAGUUCUAACAAUGGCAAGAAUGUCGGAACCUCUAGCUGUUGGAAGAGUCAUAGGAGAUGUUCUUGAUUCCUUCACCCCCACUACAAAAAUAUUCUCUUACAACAGCAAGCUCGUCUGCAAUGGACAUGAGCUCUUCCCUUCUGCAGUCACCGCCAAACCUAGAGUUGAGAUUCAAGGAGGCGACAUGAGAUCAUUCUUCACUCUGGUAAUGACAGACCCAGAUGUUCCUGGCCCUAGUGAUCCUUAUUUGAAAGAGCACCUGCACUGGAUUGUGACAGACAUUCCUGGCACCACAGAUGCUACAUUUGGAAGAGAAGUGGUGAGCUACGAGAUGCCAAGGCCAAACAUAGGCAUCCACAGGUUUGUGUUUGUUCUCUUCAUGCAAAAACGAAGGCAGUCGGUGAACCCGCCUUCCUCAAGGGAUCACUUCAACACCCGAACCUUCGCAGCCGAAAACGACCUUGGUGUUCCUGUUGCUGCCGUUUACUUCAAUGCACAGAGAGAAACGGCAGCAAGAAGACGCUAG